AUCAUUAGCCUUUCGCUUGCCUUGGUUUCGGUUGCAUUCAUUGUCAUCCUUUGCUGGCGAAAACAAUCGCAAAAAGAAAUGAUUCCUCUGUCUUUGCGGCAGCAAGUUAGCCUCUUUCAAGUUUCGUACAAGGAACUUGUUGAAGCCACUAACGGGUUCUCAGCCUUGAACUUCCUUGGUAAGGGAAGUUUUGGGUCUGUCUAUAAAGGGUUUCUUAAUCAACAAGAAAACCCUGUCGCGGUCAAAAUACUGAACCUUGAAAACCUCGGGGCUGUCAAGAGUUUCAUAGCUGAAUGCGAGGUUUUAAGAAAUAUUCGACAUCGGAAUUUAGUCAAGCUGAUAACUUGUUGUUCAAGCAUAAACUUCCAAGGCAAUGAUUUCAAGGCUAUAGUUUUGGAAUUCAUGGCAAAUGGAAGUUUAGAGAGUUGGCUUCAUCAUGAUCACGGUGAAGGUCACUCACGUCAACUCGACUUUGCUGAAAUGUUAAACAUUGCUAUAGAUAUGGCAAAUGCAAUAGAUUACCUUCACCGCCAUUGCCGAACACCGAUUGUUCAUCGGGAUCUAAAGCCAUCCAAUGUCCUUCUCGAUGAUGACAUGGUUGCACAUGUCAGUGACUUCGGCAUGGCUAAGCUCCUUUUUUGUACUGCAAGUGAUCUGGACAACGAGCAAACAACUUCCUCGAUCAUCAAAGGAACGAUCGGGUAUCUCGCCCCAGAAUGCGGCAUGGGUGAUCCAACAUCCCCUGAAGGGGACAUUUACAGCUAUGGAAUUAUCAUCUUGGAGAUGAUCACCGGAAAGAGGCCGACAGAUGAUAUGUUCGAGGAUGGGAUAAGCCUUCAUAGUUUAUGUAAGAUGGCAUUACCGGAACAAGUGGAGGAGAUCUUAGAUUCUCGAUUGCUUGAAGAAAUCAAUGAGCGAGGAGAUCAGAACAUGUUGGACUGUUUGGUUUGGUUCACCAAUGUGGGAGUUGCAUGCUCUGUCGAAGUUCCUGACAAGAGAAUGAAGAUUGAGGAUGUUGUCGCUGAAUUGGUUGCAAUCAAGGCAAGACUGCAUGGAAUCCAUGUUUAAUUUAGAGUUGUCCGAGUGAA